AUGGCCGACUCGGACGAGGAAUACGUCGGGGAUGUUACAGAAGAUGAGGACGAUCUCCAAGUAACCCGGAAAGAUCAGGUUGGGACAAGGAAGAGAAAACAGCGCGGAGCAGCUGAGUGGGAGCUCUCCAGGACCUGGGAGACACUUGUCGAAGGUGCAGAUGGUACCAUCAGUGCGACUGUGGAGGGACUGCUGGAGGCGGGAAAGCGAAAAAGACUGUUGAAAGAUACAACUCCUCUCCAACGCGGUAUUAUACGACAUCUGAUCCUUGUCCUCGACCUUUCACAGUCCAUGUCUGAAAAGGAUCUACGUCCGACGCGCUACCUGCUCACUCUGCGAUAUGCGCAGGAAUUCGUGCGAGAAUUCUUUGAGCAAAACCCCAUCUCCCAACUGGGCGUCCUGGGUCUGCGGGAUGGCCUGGCUCUUCGGAUCAGCGACAUGAGCGGAAAUCCUACGGAGCAUAUGACGGCCAUAAAAUCCCUCAAGACCCAAGACCCGAAAGGUCUUCCUAGUCUGCAGAAUGGCCUGGAAAUGGCACGAGGCGCCCUGUUUCACACCCCCAACCAUGGCACAAGAGAGGUACUUAUUAUUUUUGGCUCCCUCUUGUCCUCGGAUCCGGGUGAUAUUCACCAGACCAUCAACACCUUAAUCAGUGAUAAGGUACGAGUACGCAUCGUCGGUCUUGCCGCACAGGUCGCUAUUUGUCGUGAGCUUUGUACGAAAACGAACGGAGGGGAUGAGACAGCAUAUGGUGUCGCGCUCAAUGAGCAGCAUUUCCGGGAAUUAAUGAUGGAUGUGACCACUCCACCCGCCGCGUAUUCCCAGAAACAGUCCGCUAGCUCGUUGUUGAUGAUGGGCUUUCCAUCUCGAACAGUGGAGUUGAAGCCUUCUCUCUGCGCCUGCCAUUCCAAACCAUCCCGAGGUGGGUACUUGUGUUCCCGUUGUGGUAGCAAGGUAUGUAGUCUGCCCGCAGAGUGCCCUUCUUGUGGGCUCACCUUGAUUCUUUCUACACAUCUUGCCCGCUCCUACCACCAUCUAUUCCCUCUGAUGAAUUGGGUGGAGGUCCCAUGGCGCCGGGCUUCACGAAGCACUGGGUGUUUUGCUUGCGGUCUACCUUUUCCUGUUGCCCCACCGGAGGAUCAAUGGCAAGCGACUGAAACUCACACCAAAGGAAUGAGUGUGAGCAGUCGCUACGAAUGUGCAGCAUGCCAGAAUCAUUUCUGCAUUGAUUGCGAUCUUUUCGCACACGAAGUCGUGCAUAAUUGUCCUGGAUGCCAGAGUAAAAACAAUCAGCUUUUAAACAGCGGAACCGCGUUGGACGGAAUGGACACGACCAAUUGA